AUUUUCUAACUAACUUAUAUGCAAUUAUGGAGAAAAUAUUUGCCUUUUUUCUGUUGUUGCUUCAGUAUGUUAUGGCUAGUUCAGCCACGACCCAAACUAACGCUACCACUGAUCAAUCGACUCUUCUAUCUCUGAAAUCCCAAAUUAUUUCCGACCCCUUUCAUUACUUGGAUGAGAGUUGGUCUCUCAACAUUUCUGUUUGUGAUUGGGUAGGAGUAACCUGUGACUCUCGUUACCAGCGAGUGAAGUCGUUGAAUCUUUCCAACAUGACUCUUACAGGCAUGAUUCCCCGGGAAUUUGGAAACCUCACAUUUCUUGUUUCUCUUGACUUGAGGAGGAACCAUUUCCAUGGAUAUUUGCCUCAAGAAAUGGCAAACUUGCGUCGGCUUAAGUUUGUUGAUUUAAGUGUGAACAGCUUCAGUGGGGAGUUUCCUUGUUGGUUUGGGUUUUUAGACCAACUUCAAGUAUUAAAUCUUGGAAAUAAUAGUUUCACUGGUUCCGUUCCCCCGUCACUCUCGAAUGCCUCCAGAUUGGAGACUUUACAAAUGUCUUCCAAUUUACUUGAAGGAAACAUCCCGGAAGAGAUUGGCAAUCUUCACAACCUGAAAUACUUGUCCAUGCAACAUAAUCAGCUUACGGGUUCUAUACCAUUCACAAUAUUCAAUAUCUCUAGAAUUGAAGUCAUUGCAUUUACGAACAAUAGCCUAUCCGGAGAUCUUCCCAAUGGUUUAUGCAAUGGUGUCCCAAUACUCAAAAGGCUUCAUCUAUCAAAGAACGAGCUUCGUGGCCAUCUGCCUACAAGCUUGUCAAAUUGUUCACAACUACAAGUAUUAGCUUUAGCAUAUAAUGAUUUUGAUGGACAAAUACAUAGUGAAAUUGGAAGAUUGAGUAACUUGCAGGGAUUGUAUCUUGGAUACAACCAUUUCACAGGUAUGUUUUAUCUUAUGAGUACUAUUGUAUCUAAUCACCUCACAUCUUUUUUACCGCACAUCAAAAUAAAUGCAGGGAUUAUUCCACAAGAAAUAGGAAAUCUUGUUAAUUUGGUGACCUUAGGCGUGGAGAAUAACCAGAUUAGCGGCUCUAUCCCGAUCUCCCUAUUCAAUAUCUCAUCGUUGGAAACUGUUUCACUAUGGAGGAACAAUCUCAAGGGAUCCUUACCACGGGAGAUUGGCAACUUAACCAAGAUGCAAUUUUUAUAUCUUCACGAGAAUAGGUUUACUGGUGAAAUACCCAAAGAAAUGAAAAAUCUCGUUGAGUUGGAGUUUCUUAGUCUUGGAUUAAAUAGUUUUAGUGGUUCACUUCCGAUGGAGAUCUUCAACAUAUCACGACUGAGAACAAUUCAACUUUCAGACAAUAAUCUAUCAGGAACUCUACCACCAAACAUAGGUUCUACCUUACCCAACAUUGAAGGGCUUUAUCUGGGUAACUUAACCAAUCUUGUUGGGACUAUUCCUCAUUCUAUCUCCAAUUGUUCCAAACUUACUAACCUAGAGCUUUCACAUAACAAACUCACAGGAUUCAUUCCCACUUCUCUUGGAUAUUUGACUCAUCUAAGCUUCCUAAACUUGUGGGGAAACAAUUUAAGCAGUGAUGAUUCAUUUUUAAGCUUCCUCACUUCCUUAACCAAUUGCAGAAAUUUAACAUAUCUUGAUCUAUCUAUGAACCCUCUAAAUGCCAUGCUUCCUGUCUCCGUGGGGAACUUCUCCAAAUCCCUUGUAAAGUUUUAUGCUGCUGCUUGCAAGAUUAACGGCCAGAUUCCAAAUGAAGUUGGAAACUUAAGCAGCUUGUUAGACCUUGUGCUUUCUCAUAAUAACUUCAUUGGAUCAAUUCCUACAUCAAUUGGCAACUUGAGAAACCUUCAGCGCUUCAACUUGCACCACAACAAACUUACAGGAUUUAUUGGAGAUCACAUUUGUAAAUUGCAGCAUUUGGGUGAAAUUUACUUGCGACAAAAUCAACUUUCAGGAUCUCUUCCUAAUUGUUUAGGGAACGUUACUUCCCUUAGGUGGAUACAUCUUGGUUUCAAUAAAUUGAGUUUCAAUAUACCAACAAGCUUAGGGAAUCUUAGAGAUCUAAUGGUUCUUAACUUGUCAUCAAACAACAUGGUUGGUUCUUUACCACCAGAAAUUGGAAAUCUAAAGGCUGCGACACUGAUAGAUCUGUCAAUGAAUCAAUUCACAAAUGGAAUUCCUAGAGAAAUUGGAGGAUUGCAAAAUCUGGAGCACCUUUCUUUGAGACACAACAAGUUGCAAGGAUCUAUACCUGGCUCAAUCAGCAACAUGGUAGGCUUGGAAUUCCUAGACCUUUCUCAUAAUAAUAUAUCAGGAAUCAUUCCUAUGUCUUUGGAGAAACUUCAAUGCCUCAAGUAUUUCAAUGUUUCUCACAACAAAUUGUAUGGUGAAAUACCCUCGGGGGGUCCUUUCAAGAACCUCUCCAGUCUGUUUUUCAUCAACAAUGAAGCAUUGUGUGGUUCUUCAAGAUUUAGCAUCCCUCCAUGCCCCACAUCAUCAACGCAUAGGUUAAAUAGGAAAAAAGUUCUUGUUCUAUCUCUUAUGCUGGGAAUUGCACUUGUAUUUGUUCCGAUUACCCUUGUGUUUGUAUGGAUAAGGUAUAGAAGAGGUAAAAGAUCUCCUCAGCGAACUGAUUCAUUGCCUACCGUAAAAAGAGAAAGAAUUUCAUACUACGAACUGCUCCAAGCUACUGAUUCGCUUAGCGAGAGUUAUCUGAUUGGCUCUGGAAGUUUUGGCUCUGUUUACAAAGGCAUUCUCAGAAGUGGAACUCAUAUUGCAGUUAAAGUGUUCAAUCUGCAACUGGAAGCGGCAUUCAAGAGUUUUGAUACAGAAUGUGAAGUUUUGCGCAGCCUUCGCCAUAGGAAUCUCGUAAAAGUCAUCACUAGUUGUUCCAACCUUGAUUUUAAGGCUUUAGUGCUCGAGUAUAUGCCUAAUGGAAGCCUUGACAAGUAUUUGUAUUCACACAACUACUUCCUAGACAUUAGGCAGAGACUAAGCAUUAUGAUAGAUGUAGCAUGCGCGUUGGAAUAUCUUCAUCAUGGAUGCUCCUCUCCGGUGAUUCAUUGUGACCUGAAGCCUAGUAACGUCUUGCUGGAUGAGGAUAUGGUUGCCCACCUAAGCGACUUUGGGAUUUCAAAACUGCUUGGUGAAGAUGAGAGUGAUUUAUACACAAAAACCUUAGCAACAUUUGGUUAUAUUGCACCGGAGUAUGGACUGGAUGGACUGGUGUCAAUAAAAUGUGAUGUCUAUAGUUACGGGAUCAUGUUGCUUGAGACGUUUACUAGGAGAAAGCCUAGUGAGUUUGAGGGAGAUCUUAGCUUGAAGCAAUGGGUGAGUUAUUCACUCCCAGAGGCAGUAAUGAACGUUGUAGAUGCCAAUUUGAUAACACCAAUGGAUCAUCGCUUACAGAAGGAGUUAGAUAUCGUGGCAUCAAUCAUGGAAGUGGCAUUAGAUUGUUGUGCUGAAUCUCCGACAAGAAGGACAAACAUGAAAGAUGUUGUUGGGAUGCUACAGAAGAUCAUGAUUCAACUUCUUGCAUGCUGAGCAACGUUCUCGGAAUCUCUUAUUUGCUGCAAAUGUUUACUAAAUUGUUAGAUUCAUUUAAGCAUUGUUUUUUUUUUUAAUUUUGUUUAAACACUUGAUUUCUGCAUGAUUCUGUUUAGCAAUACUGGUUGGUUUCAAUAAAUCUCACAAUUUCCCCUCCACA